AUGGAAGGAGCGCUGCAGCAGCCCAUAGCUGAGUCUCUGAUUGAGCAGAUCCCACGGAUCCUGGGCCCAGGCUUGAACAAGGCUGGGAAAUUCCCUUCCCUGCUGACACACAAGGAAAACACGGUAGCCAAAGCUGAUGAGGUGAAAUCCACCAUCAAGUUCCAGAUGAAGAAGCUGUGUCUGGCUGUUGUUGUUGGCCACGUGAAGACGAUUGACGAUGAGCUGGUCUACAACAUCCACCUGCCCGUCAAUUUCCUGGUGUCCUCGCUCAAGAAGAACUGGCAAAAUGUCCGAGCUUUGUGCAUUAAGAGCACCAUGGGCAAGCCCCGGCAUCUGUACUAG